AAGGGAGGAGGAGCCCAGGGCUUGGCUUCCCUCAGCCCUUCCAGCCGCAAAAGGACUCCUUCUUCUUCUUCUUCCUUCCCUUCCCUGGCUCUCCUCCUCCUCGCUUGGCUAAAUUGCCAGGGAAGCCGGGGCUGAGAGGGAGGCGCCCAGAAAGAAGCCCAAACAGCUGUUGCAGCUGCUGGGAAGAUGGCGAGCCGCAGCGACCUCCUGCUCUUCCUUCUGCUCCGGCUCCUCUGGGGCCCCUUCGGGUCCCUUGGCUACUACAAAGCCUAUGGAAUCACCGUAGAAACAGACAACAAACUUGUUAAAGCAAGAGAAUUUGAGGGGGCGUAUUUAAGCUGUAAACACAAUGCAAGGAAGCAAAGUGAUACAAGGGUUGAAUGGAAAAAAAUUGUAGGAACAGAUGUUUCAUUUGUAUACUUUCGUGGUUCAUUUAUAGGUAAUUUUAAAGACCGAGCUGAAAUUAGGCAUUCAAGUAUUCAGAUUAAAAAUGUGACUAGAAAAGAUUCUGGAAAAUAUCGUUGUGAAAUAAGCACACCUUCAGAACAUGGACAAGAAGCAGGAGAAAUUGAAAUCACUCUCUUAGUUUUGGUUCCAUCAGCUGUUCCUGUUUGUGAAGUCCCCAUCUCAGCUAUGAGUGGGACAGUUGUAGAACUACGCUGUAAAGAAAGUGAAGGUGUUCCUGCUUCAAAGUACAGAUGGUAUAGGAAUGGCAUUCUACUGUCAGAGAGCCCAAUUUUGGGAGAGGUGAAAAAAGGCAGAUUACCAUACUCUGUGAACACUACGUCUGGAACUCUGCUGUUCAACCACAUUUCAAAAAAUGACACUGGAGAAUAUUACUGUGAAGCUAACAAUGAAAUUGGAAAGCCUCAGAAGUGUCCUGUGAAGCGAAUGCAAGUUGAUGACCUUAAUGUAAGUGGCAUCAUUGCUGCUGUGGUCAUUGUGGCUUUGAUAAUGGCUUCCUGUGGUCUUGGUGUAUAUUAUGCACAAAAGAAGGGUUAUUUUUCAAAAAGAAAUUCUUCAGUCAGGAAGAGCUCUAAAAUGAAAAAUGAAAAUGAAAAGGAUUUCAAGCACACAAAAUCCUUCAUUAUUUAAAAGAAAUACAUUCUCUGAAGAUCACCAAAUGGUCAACUGCUACACAGAACAUCUCAGCUCCAAUCUGUAUAUAUGAAGAGUGGCACAUAUAGAAAGUCAGUUACUACUAAAUGAAGAGAAGAAUGUAAAAAGUUGUUAAACUGACAGUACUUUUUUACUGAAAGAUGACAAUGGUGUAUAUAAAUGUUAAGGGAUUUCUCGAUGGAUAAUGUAUCCACAAAGGUAUUAAACUAAGAAAACUAAGCAAUGAACAAUGAACUGUAUUUCAGUCAGCUACAAUAGAGCCACCAAAAGUGCAAAGACCUGGAAAAAGUAGUAAUACUAGCAUACAGACAAAAGUAGUUAGUUUCUGUGACAAAAUGUGGCCAUAUUCUCUAUCUCAGAGGUUGUGAAUGGAAAUUGAAAAAAAUCUAUGGCCAUACACUAUCUCCAGGUUUAGAGGCCCCACACCUCUACUCCACAGGUGUUGCUGGGGAACAGCAAUUUAAUUGGCCUCUUAAGAAAUGGAACACAGGAUUAUAGAGAUUUACAGAUUUAUCUAGCUAGGGUUUUCAAGAAGCCAGUUGUCUGGAUGCAAGCAAAGUUCUCACCAUCAAAUCCCAUCAGUUAUCUGUUCUCCCAGCUCUGGUUUGUGCUUGGAGACUGUCAGUGCAUCACUGAAGCUGAGUCUGCCAAAACUGUUCAUGUCAAUAGUGAAGAUGGAGAAUAACGUCAACAUGCCCUCUCUUGUGAGAAAUUGAUGUGUUACACAGACAACGGACUGUUAAUAGACAUAUUUGGUAGGAAUGGCCCUGAAUUUGUGACUUGUAAAUUACUAUUGGCUCAAUAGCUGGACUUACUCUACUGGAUACUUUCAUUUGAGGGCUUGCUCUUGUUCCCACAGCUGAGAGCAAGAACCACAGUUGAUAACAGGUGAAGGCUGAGAAAGCUGAAGAUCACAUGUGGAUGCCUAUCCUUAAUGAGAUCAUGAUUUUUUGUCACUUUUGUAAGCUACCCUGAAGACUUAAAUGGCUAAGUAAAUUAAUUUUUUUAAAUGUUGGGCAUUGGAAAUUUUGUUUGCAAGCUGGAUCAAAAGAGCAUUGCUUUUACCAUAUUUUUGCCAAGUGCCUUGACAUCAUCAAAUCAUAUCAUCAUUGAUGAGACUGUUAAGUUGUAGGUUUGCUGGUGUGUGUUUUAUCAGGUUGGUUUUUUUUUAAAAAAAAUCUCGUUCCAAAACCUGAAUUUUAGGAAGACACGUUUUGCUUCAGAAGAAAUCCUUUCCCACAUCCAAUACUAGUGAGUAGCUUUAAAACAAACAAACUUUCAGACAGUAUUAUAAACAAUCUAUUUUGUUUUUGUGGCUGAGAUUGCAGUUAAAGCAGGCAUUGGUCACCAGGUGCCUUCCAAAUGUUCCAGCUCCAGAAUAAAGUCUCCAUAUUGUAAGACUGCAUUAAAUCACUGGAAUGUACAGAAAAUUUCAGAAAUAUAUACAGGGUUUCAGCUGUCUGAACAAUUGUUUUAACAAAUGUAGUUCAUAUUUAGUGUUUUGAUUUUUUAUAAUUUCCCACCCAUGAUAAUAGUUUCUUAACUCUGUAUGCCAGAAAGAAGCAAGCAGUUACAUUUAAUUACUUGUGUAUUAGAAAAACAGAAAUUGUUUGGAUUUAUACAGCAUUUACCUUAUAUUAACAUACUUCUGGACCUCUCUUGUAGAAACUGGUACACAAAACUUAAUUUCCUUUUCCAUUUAUAGGCACCACUGAAUCAGAAUCCUAAUUCAUAGAUUUAAACACUGAACUGUUUAUUGAAAUCACAAUCACAGCCCUAUUCAACAAACCCGACUAUGUUGCUUGGUGUACACAUGGUAUCACAUCACUUCUGUUCCUCUUCAAAUUUAGGUUCUGCCAAGAGGGAAAACAAGCUGUCAGUUUACUCUGGGGGAAAAAAUUACUUCCUAGAGGAAAAGUUCUGCAAUAUGAUACUAAUAAUUUACCAAAAGUUAAAUCCAACAUAAUAGACAUUUCUUCUACGCAUACAACUGUAGCUUUAGACUGGCAAGUAUACAGUGAUCAUUCCAAAUUUUCAAAGAGUCAGGAUCAGCAAGCACUGCCGUAGAACAAUAUAGGUUGAAGAUGACUGAAUCCCAAUGAAAUAUGAAUUUUUCAGAAGCAAGGCUUGUUAUACUGCCUCUGACACAAGUAACUGUCAUAUUUAAAAAUCAAAAAAUGGAAUUAUUUGGCUAGGUGAACCAAUAAAAAUUAGUUCAGAAGUAAACUAGAAAACCCUAUCUUACUGCUUGAGCUAAAAUCAGAACUAUCACAUGGCCUCCUAUCCACUUCUGCCUAUAGACAGCAAAUAUAUAUGUGCACCUUUGUUAUGCUGCAUCAGAUAUAAGAAAUAAAAUUCCUCAAAGUUGUUAUA